AUGGUGAGCUCUGCCGAUGCGGCUCGUGCUUUUCCGAUGUUGAUGUCAUCUCCGAUGAGUGGUCGCAUUGUCUAUGGUGGCCGUGGUCGGAGUUACAGAGGGCAUGUUCAGUGUCAGAUCUAUGGUCGCCAUGGUAACUUAGCCCAACGGUGUUACUACCAUUUUGAUCUGCAAUAUGAUGGUUUUUCGACGCCAGCAUUGUUGAGGGGCACAGCAACUGGGCAAGAAAUGGCUGGCUUUCAACUUGAUGCUGCGACGAAAGGGUUUUUUAACCCUAAUUCUGGUCCUCCUUUGGGUUAUAGCGCUAGGCCAUCGGUCAACCAUAUGACCCUUAAUGGGCAAGUUCGUUUGCAGGUUGGGCCUGCGUGUGUUUUGCAGGCUUCACAUGUAGAUAGGCAUGCUGCUAGAGGAGGGGCUUCGUGGACCUUGCAGCCCGACAUGCGAAGACUGAUUGGGCCUGCUCUUGUAGGUGUUGCUCCAUUUGGGGAGUUCGGCCAAGGUACUCCCAUAAGCCCUCAGUCAUGUGUUGGGUUUUCUCGGAUCCUUGAUUUCUUAGGGUCCAAAUUUUCUAGUGGAAAUACAUCGAAUGCUACUGCAUUCGGGUUUGCUUAUGGGCCGAAUUUUGAGAAUCCAACUAUAAAUCAUGUGGAGCCAUAUGUCCCUCUACCCAUAAUAAAUAAUGCUUCGACAUCAUGGUACCCUGACUCGGGAGCUACCAAUCACAUGUGUCAAGCGGCUUUGGCAUUGAAUACAUCCACACGGUAUUCAGAUAUGAAGCUGUUGAGUGUUUCAUUCAGUUGCACAGAAUGGUUAAUACUCAAUUUGGGAAAGACAUUAAACACUUUUAAAGCAAUUAGGGUGGCGAGUUUUGAUCAUUCACAUUUGUAUUAACUCAGCAUGGUAUCAUUCAUCAAAUUACCUGUCCCCAUACGUCUGAACAAAAUGGUGUGGUAGAAAGAAAACAUCGUUAUAUUGUUGAGGUAGGACUCAUGUUACUUGCUCAAACGAACUUACCAAUGAAGUUUUAGGGUUAUGUCAUUUCAUGUGUUGUUCAUUUAAUAAAUCGUUUACCCACUGCGGUCUUACGUGAUCAGCCUCCAUACUUGGUUAUUUAUGGUAAGUCCCCUACUUAUGGUCAUCUUUGAAUAUUCGGGUGUUGUUGUUUCCCAUAUCUAUGCCCAUUCAAUAAUCACAAGUUGGAAUUUCAGUCUCAGCCUUGUACCUUUUUGGGUUACAGUUUUCAGCAUAAAGGAUAUCAAUGUCUUACGUCUGAUGGUAAAAUUAUUGUAUAUCGACAGGUUACUUUUUAUGAAAAUUGAUUUUUGUUUGCUACAAACUCUUCACCUUCUACCUUAACAACCGACUGUGUUACCGCGUUUGUUCCUCUUGUACAGUCUCAAUCACAUUAGUAUCCUAACAGAGAUGCCGACAUAUGAAGUCCUACGGUUUCGUCUCAUGGUGUCAUAGACUCACCGUUUUUUGAAAAUGAUGUUGGUGCCUUGGGUCCCAGUAGCAACACUUCUCCUCCCACACUUGAGUUGUCACCUUUGAAAAAUGACGUUGGUGCCUUGGAUCACGGUAGCAGCACUUCUUCCCCCACAUCGAUGUUGUCUAUCACCAACAGUAGAUACUCCACUACCCCAAGGCUAUACACAUUGUAUGAUCACCUGGUCCAAAGCAGGUAUCUUCAAACCUAAAGCUUUGAUAGUUGCGUUACUUGAUCAUGAGCCAUGUACGAUUGAUAAAGCGUUUGUACAUAAAAAAGUGGCGAGUGGCGGCUCAAGAUAAGUAUGAUGCUCUUAUUCGAAAUUGUAAUGGCUUGAAUUUUCAGUGGUGUCGGAAUGGUAAUUCGAGAUCACUAAAUCUGACAAAUGAGUAGAAAAUAUUAUUAAUUUAGUGAGAAUAAGUUAAAUG